GAUGACAGAGUGGGCGGGGCAAGCGGAGUAAACAGAUACUAGCUGCUGGUUAGCUCUGCUGUGGCUAAAGCUAGUUAACUCUUCCCUGCCCCGCUUCGUCCCCACGAACUUUGGACCUCCUUCUCUGGGAUUAAAUGGCCGGCGUCGCCCUGAAGCUGUUCGCUCCCUGGCGUUUAGUCAAACUACGAAGUUUGGUCAGAAGCUCCACAGUUCCCAGUCUGAAGUUUCACACCACAGCGUCUCCGAUGAUGGGUGCGACGGUGGAGCAGUUUGAGCAGGCAAAGAGCAAAAUGGCGACACUGAAGAACGACCCGGGCAACGAGGUCAAACUGAAGAUCUAUGCUCUCUUCAAACAGUCCACGCAGGGUCCCUGCAACACUCCCAAACCAGGCAUGCUGGACUUUGUCAACAAGGUUAAGUGGGACGCGUGGAAAUCUCUGGGCUCCAUCUCACAGGAAGAAGCCAGGCAGCAAUACUGCGACCUGAUUGGCUCACUGGUGGAGGCAGAAGGCGGAAGCCCCGCCCAGGUGGGUGCACAGCCUGCUGGGAGCGGGACAGUGUACGAGACGCUGUUGGUCACUACAGAGGACGGCAUCACCACCAUCAAACUGAACCGACCGAACAAGAAGAACGCCAUCACCACUGAGAUGUACAACGAGAUCAUUGCAGCUCUGGAGCAGGCAGCGAAAGACGACUCAGUCCUCACUGUUCUCACUGGCGCUGGUGAUUUUUACUGCAGCGGAAACGACCUGACCAACUUCACCAAGAUCCCUGAGGGUGGGGUCGAGGAGAUGGCCAGAAAGGGUGGAGAUCUGCUCAGGAAGUAUGUGAAGGCCUACAUUGACUUCCCGAAGCCGCUGGUCGCCGUGGUGAACGGACCGGCUGUCGGAGUGUCAGUCACAGUGCUGGGACUGUUCGACCUGGUCUACGCCACAGAGAGGGCGACCUUCCACACUCCGUUCAGUCAGCUGGGUCAGAGCGCUGAAGGCUGCUCCUCCUACACCUUCCCCAAAUUAAUGGGCGCCGCCAAGGCCAGUGAGAUGCUGCUGUUCAAUAAGAAGCUGACGGCGGUUCAGGCCUGUGAACUGGGUCUGGUCACUGAGGUUUUCCCAGACAGCAGCUUCCAGUCGGAGGUCUGGACCAGACUGAGGGCCUACGCCAAGCUGCCCCCCAACUCUCUCGCCCUCUCCAAACAGCUGAUCCGGGCGGUGGAGAAGGAGCGUCUGUACGCGGUGAACGAUGCGGAGGUGGAGCGUCUGAUCGAGCGCUGGAUGUCAGACGAGUGUUUCAACGCUGUCAUGAGCUUCUUCCAGGCCAAGGCCAAACUCUGAGAGACGCUGAGUGUGUGUGUGUGUGUGUGUGUAUGUGUGUGUGUGUGUGUAGGACAGAGUGUGUGUGAGAGAGAGAGAGAGAGUGUGUCAACACAAACUGCUGAGAUUAAUAAUGAAUAUAAAUGUAAAGUAGAAGGCGGUCAGUCGGAGGUGACUGACACAUCAGGCCAGUGUUUGUACAAACUGAUCCGCUCCAGCGUGGUUCUUCUUCGUGGUCUUUGUCGUGCAGUGUGUCUGCUGAACGUCGUCGGUCGGCCGAUCCUCUCGCUGAGCUGAAGCAGAGCCACGAGUUGAUUCCCUGACGUCAGUGCCUUUCAGUCAUUACUGCUCCUGUCGUCUACAGAGCGUCUCAAAACACCGCGGUAACUUACCUCAGUUGUAACAAAAAUUGUGUUUUUUUUAUUUGUUAAGUCUAGAGGAGAUGUCGAGAAACAAACUAACACGUAACAUAUUUACGACGUCUGACUUCUGAACACACUUCUGAGAGGAGGAUAAAGCACCUGAGUUUUUAUCGACUCGUCAUUGGUCCUCAAAUUUGUGUUUCCUGCAGUUGGAUGUGAAAGAACUGAGGCGUUACAUCAUCUUUCUUCAUCAGAAGUCAGGCGACGUGGAUCUGUUGAAGCUGUCUGAGCACGUGGCCUCUUGUCCUCAACACGUCGAUGCAGCCGAACGUUACAAUCAAACAGAAAAGGUUACAGAUAAAACUUUACGUCCUCGUAGCUCCGAACAAAUCUGUGAUCAAAUCUUUUAUCUCUGUUUACUCGACGCAGCCGUCGCUGACUCGUGGAAACUUCACAUCCAUGAACUACAAGAUGUUUGAACGUUUUGUCCUGUGAGACGACUGAACGCUGACUGACGGCUGAACUUCACCCUCAUUAAGAGUUUAGACACUAACAGAUGUUGGAGGUUGAAUUAGACUUGAUGACUUUAUUCUCACUUCAGCCUUCAGAUUGUAACUCGUAUGUCAGAGAUGAUUCCAGCGCUGAUGAUCCUGAUGUUUAGUGUGAUGACAUGAGGGAAACAUGAAAGAUUCAGUUUGUAAUUGAGCUCGUUGAUCGUUAAAGUGCCUUCAACACUUUGUAACAUCGUUCACAGGCCGAACAUUCAGCUGUACGUUCAAUAAAAACACAGUUUGUAACUAA